AAAACUUUGGAUAAUUUACAUAUAUAUUUAUAUCUGACUAUGCUCCUUCGCGCUUCCUCAGCAUCCAUUUUAGCUCCUCAAUGUAGCCUGGUCAGAGUUCAUUCUUAUCAUGGAUUCAUAAUGCGCUUCUCAGAAGAAAAGGCAGCAGAACUACAGUAAAAUGGCGGCAAGUAUCUGCACCUACUCGCCUCCGACUCUCACUUUUUUCGUCUCCUUCCUCCUACACAGUUGCGCCUCCAAAACCCUAAACCCAGAACUAGAACUAAGAACCCUAGGUGCCCCGCCUCUGGUUUCUAUCAACACCACAAUCCUCAGCCCCAACCGUACCUUCGAGCUCGGAUUCUUCUCCGUCGACGGUGGAUCCUCCUUUUACCUCGGCAUCUGGUACGCUUCCAUCCCCAUUCGCACCUACGUCUGGGUCGCCAAUCGUCUCGCACCAGUGCGCGCCCCUUCGCCAUCGGCUCUUCUGACCGUCGCCGGAAGACUCGCCGUCGCCGAUUCCCCCACCUCCAUUAUUUGGGAGACCGAUAACACUGUUCCCGCCGCCGCAGUUCAGCUUCUCGACACUGGAAACCUCAUCCUUCUUUCUGUAGGCGGUCGAGGCUCCGCUGCGUGGCAGAGCUUCGAUUUCCCCACCGACACUUGGCUGCCGGAGAUGUCGAUCACGCGCAGCAUGGUGAUCACUUCCUGGCGGAGCCCCAUAGAUCCGUCUCCCGGUCAGUACUCUCUCCGGCUUCGCCCGACGGAUUUGGGUGAGUUCGAGCUCGUCUUCAAUGGCUCCGUUUCGUACUGGUGGACGGGGAAAUGGAUCGGGACCCGAUUUGCCGGAGUCCCUGAAAUGACAGUGCCGUACAUCUACAGCUUUAGGUUUUCAAAUCCGUUCACCACUGAGGCUACGUUCGAUUACUCACAGUCGACGUCGGAAGAGUCUGGUCUCCAGCCACUCCUCUCACGAUUCGUUGUCGAUUCCUCCGGACAGCUGAUGCAAUACACUUGGUCCCCUCAGGCGGCAAGCUGGAACAUGUUCUGGUCUCGGCCGGAGAACCCCUGUCGCGUCUACGGCCGCUGCGGCGGUUUCGGUCUAUGCUCCGGCGGUCGCGACCUCCGGCCUUGCAGCUGUCCGGCAGGACUUCGUCCCGUGGAUUCCGCCGGUUGGAACUCUGGUGAUUUCUCCGGUGGAUGCUCCCGGGACGCCACCUGUUCCGAUGAGGAUAGCAUAUUCACCGAGAUCGGCCGCGUCGAGCUCGACGGCGCCGUGGAUGACACUUUCUCCGGCGUAAGCCGGGGAUCCUGUGAGGAUUCUUGCAGGAAGAACUGCUCCUGCUUCGGUCUCACCUACAACCCUGAAUCUCGCGUAUGCACGAAUCUGUACAAGAGCGCUUAUAAUAUCCGAAACAGCACAACCUCGCCUAUUCUGUCGAUUAGAAUUUCGCCGGGAAAGGGGUUCUCUAAUCGGGGGAAAUGGAAGAUAGGAACUCCCAUCCUCGUUAUACUCUGCGGUCUCGCUGCAAAUACUGUAAUCGCCUUCCUCCUCGUCACUGCCGUGCUCCGGCGGCUUCGGAGAUUAAAAACAGGAAAAGAAUACGGAGAAGAUGGCGGACUGAAGAUUUUCACCUACAAGGAGCUCUCAUCAGCUACUCGCGGGUUUUCGGAGAAGCUAGGGCACGGAGGGUUUGGCGCGGUUUUCCGAGGCUCGCUGCCGGAUUCUACCCCGAUAGCCGUCAAGCGUCUUGAACGCCCCGGCGGCGGCGGCGACCGCGAGUUCCGGGCUGAGGUAUGCACCAUCGGAAGCGUACAACACGUGAACCUUGUCCGCCUUCGUGGCUUCUGUUCGGAAGACCUCCACCGCCUCCUCGUUUACGACUACAUGCCUAACGGUCCUCUCAGCGCCUAUCUCGGCCGCCGCUCGAAGCCUCCGCCGCUCAGCUGGCCGGCGAGGUUCCGCAUCGCUAUCGGCACGGCGCGGGGUAUCGCAUAUCUGCACGAGGAGUGUCGCAAUUGUAUCAUCCACUGCGACAUCAAGCCAGAGAACAUUCUAUUGGAUACCGAUUUCAUCCCUAGGGUUUCCGAUUUCGGAUUGGCGAAGCUGUUGGGGAGGGAUUUGAGCAGGGUAUUGGCGACCACGAGGGGGACUCGAGGGUACGUCGCGCCGGAGUGGAUCUCCGGCGUGGCGAUCACGGCCAAAGCUGAUGUAUACAGCUACGGGAUGACGUUGAUGGAGAUCAUUGGAGGGCGGAGGAACGUGGAAGCGCGUUCUCCGCCUGCGGCGGCGGAAGAUGCAGAAGGGGCGGACGGGUGGUUCUUUCCGGCGUGGGCGGCGAGGAGGAUUGUGAAGGGGGAUUUGGGGGCGGUUGUGGAAGAGGAAAUGGAGGGUUACGACGGAAGAGAGGCGGAGAGAGCGGCCAGUGUGGCGGUGUGGUGCAUACAGGAUGAUGAGGCGGCGCGGCCGACGAUGGGGACUGUGGUGAAGAUGCUUGAGGGGACAAUAGAGGUGACGAAGCCCCCUCUACCGAACAUGCUGCAGGCGCUCAUCGCCGGCGAGUCGUUCCGGCGGGGGAGUGUUUUGUCCGCCGGAGAGAUUUUGGCCGACGGUUCGGGAUGAUGAUGGUUAGGGUCACCGCUAGGUAGGAUACCGGACUUUUGAGGUAAAGACAAAAUUUGAAGCGGUAAAGCGUGGGUGGGCCCCGCUGGAGGUGGAAGUACAGCGGCUCGUGAGGAAUGCGUCGGCAUGAAUCUCAAAAAAAUUCAAUGAACUAAGAGAUAGAAAAGUACAGUUAAAGAGAGCACACUGAUGAGAGACAAACGAUCGACUUACUCUACUCGAUGGAACCCUCUUUUACGAAGGCUGGAAGCCGAUCGGGUUUAGGCUACCUGAACGAAGGACAUAAGCCAAUGAAACCGAGCAGAGACACGAUCUGCCUGUCACCACAACUCGACUCAAAGGAAGAAUUCAGUAUAAUCAGCCAUCUCACUGAUGCCUCUGAGAUUCCUCAUUAGGGUUCAAAGACCGGCUCUAUUUGGCGCAGCUGCAGCUUUCCAACUUCUUAGUUGUAGCUGUGCUGCCCCAGGAAACUGCUGUGGGGAAGCAGCUGCGGGGAAGCUGACUGACUGUUUGGUGCAGCUGUGUGAAAAUAACUG